AUGCAAAAUGAAAGUUGGAGCCCAAGAAUUAGAAAACCAAGUUCAAUACCAGAACGAUUAAGUCAAGGCCAAAAAAAAGAAGCGACAGAAUCGAUUAAUGUUCCAAAACUUAUAGAUACAGUGAUCGCCGGAUCAUUCAUUAAGGACGAUUAUGGCAAAUUACCUAAUGAAGAAAUAUCAUCUGAGCCCAUACAUGAAGUUCAUUUUUUUGGCAUAUUUAAAGAAUUAAAUAUUGUUCAAUAA